AUGCCUUUCGUGCAGCGUGUGGUGGAACCGAAAUUUCUCUCACGAACGAGUUUGCGAGAUGAAAAUGGAAAACCGAGGGUUACGGAUGAGGAACUUCAAGCGGUCACCAACUGUACACUGAGCAAUGCGCUCCGUCAACUCGCCUCUCUGGUUCUCCUGGCUGAAGAUAUCUUCAGUGAGCUCACAACGCAGCUUGAAGGAAUAACUGAGAGGUCGAAAAUUGCACGAACGAAGAUUGAAAGAAUUCACGAGAUUGUUGAAAACUAUGACCCUAAGAAAGUUCCAGUUCUUUUACAGUACCAACAACUUUACAUUAUAAUUAUAUUAAAUUACAAGGAAAAAUAUGAACAUUCGGAAAUCUCAUUACAUCGCACUCCU